AUGGCCUUCAACAAAUUGCCAAUUGAGCUCAACAAAGAGAUCGCCAGCUACAUCGAGACUGACGAAGGCCUGUGCAUCUUCCGUCUCAUCUGCCACGGCACGUACAAUGCUCUCGAUGGCGACCACUACUCCUUCUGGCGCCAGCGCUUUCACGAGCGUUUCGAUCCAAUUGACCGUCCGUUCGCGAGUCCGGCGGAGUACAAGGAUCUCUAUCAAGCUCGGCGCGAGUGCCUGAAGCGUGGUGCGAUAUUCGUGUACGGCAACACUCGCGCCGAGACGAAGUGCUUGAACAUCAUUAAGGAUCUUAUCAAAGAAGCCCACCCGAUGCUCUAUAUGCCAGACGAAGGUGGUAUGCCUACAUCGAAGAAUCUAGAGGCGAUCCACAGCUUCAUCUUGAGCACGAACCUGGUGACCGACAUCUUCCGUCCCCACAGGAAGUCUGCCAAAUUGAGCGGCCUUCUUGCCACUAUCCAGCUUGUGUGCCACCACUGGUGCAUCGAUGCCCGCUUCGGGACUGAGAUUCUCCAAUUCCCUACGUCUCAGAAGAUGGCCUACGAGUCCCUAGUCAACUACCCGAUCUUCGCCGGCACUGAUAAGCAGAAGGUCAACGUGGAGUACGUACUUCAUAUCAUGAACUUCUUCAGAUACCACAUGGUACGAGAGCACGAGAACACUCUGUUCGAGCCGAUGGAGACUCUCUGGGCGCUGGAGAGGCCUCAUCCCUGGAACCGCAAGCUCAAGGAUGGAUCCUACAAGUUGGGAAUUCACUGGAGGGGCACGUAUGCCUAUCUCGACCGCAAUGAAAUCAAGGCUCUCCGGGCGGACAAAGAUGAGAACAACAUCUACGCAGACCACAACGUCGACCAGCCGGACCGCGCCAUCCAGACGCUUCAUCUUCAGUUCCCGAGCAAGCAUCUCCCGGUCUGGCCGCCGCUUUUCGAGAAGUAUCUCCAGUCGCUACCUAAGCCGAUAACUCCAGUCAAGACGCGUGCCCAGCAUCGCUCGAAAAGCCCCGCUAUCGACGGUGACCCUAGGUCGAUCUACUUCAAUGGCGAUGGCUACGACGAUGAGGACUUCUACUCCGCCGGCUGGCUCAACCCCCUUCCACGCCAGAACGACAUUCCGGGCUGGCAGCGCAUGACCAUGAUGAAGUUCUUCUUCGACGCCCAGGGUAGACCUGACGAGGAGGCCUUGUGGGCAUAUGAGGGGGUGGUCUUACCGGGCGGCCAGAUCAUGAUUGGACGUUGGUGGAGCCCGGAUGAUACUGCUCUCACUAGCAAGAACAUGUACUCUGGUCCAUUCGUCUUCUGGAACGUCGAUCGAAGCGUCUACGGUAUCCCAGAGCGCCCCGGAGAGCUCCUCGGGCCCGACCCCGAUGCUCCCGACUCCGAUUCUGAGCACGAGACCCUUUACGCACUUUAA